GAAAACAUUGUUAUCAAAACGCACUGUCAAACUACUGUCAAGUUUUAUUUGUUUUUAUUUUAAUUGUAAACACAAAAAAUAAUCUUACACUGUCAAAAAAAUAAAAUGUCACAUGUUCAGUAUGUUGACGAAUUGGUGAAAGAAUAUUUAUUAUUCAGGGGAUUUAGUCAAACGCUAAAAAUAUUUGACAAUGAGAUAAAAUCAGAAAAAGAAAAAGGCUUUCGGGUUGAUAAAAUUGUUGAUCAAUUAAUGCAGUAUAUUUAUACAUUUGAUAUUGUAUCAUUACGAGAAUUAUGGGGUUAUUUAGAUACAAAAAUAUUUUCACAUUUAGAAAAUCAUUUUACAUUGAGUAUUAAAAAACUUGAAAAUGCAAUAUUAAAAAUGUAUCUUGUAAAUGCAACGGUAAACAAUAAACCAGAAAAAAUACAAGAUUUUUUUAAUCGUCUUACACAAGAACUUCAGGGACAAACUGAAUGGAAAGAUUGGUUUGCUUAUCCUUUUAUUAAAAAUCCUGAAGAAAAUUCAAUUUAUUCAGUUUAUUUUAGUAAACAAUGGCAAGACACAAUGAUUGUGUCACUUCAUAAUUUUCUUUCAACAAUAUUUCAGUGUAUGCCUUAUCCAACACUACUGACAAUUGACGAACAUGCUAAUAAAAUAAAAACGUUACAAGAAGAAAAUAAUACACUGAGACAAUGUCUAAGUGAUUAUUCAAAAGUUGAAAAUAUAGCAGAUGUUAAUUUAGGAGUAACACCUCAUCUUCCACCAAUAAUGGAUGAUUUUUAUAUAAUUGCACAAGAAUCACCACUAACAGAAAAUCCAAAAACAUUUAAAAAUUUAAUUAAAAAUAUUAGCAGUGGAUCAAGUCCAGUGAUGAAUAGAAAAUCAUUAACAACAAAAAGAACAAAUUCAAAAGGAAGAGUUACGUCAAUUAGUAAAGGUGAUCUUGCUGCAAAACGUAGUAUUAGUUGUGAUUCAAGAUUAACAAGAAAACGUGAUUCAUCACUUGAUACAAGUGUUGAAAGAAAAGUUAAAGAUAAAAAUGAUUUUAGUUAUCUUUUACUUAGUCAAGAAGAAUAUACAGAGCAUAAAAAUUCAAUAAUUCAGUGUAGAAGUAAUCAAAGUGGAUCUUAUGUUGCCACUGGUGAUAUUGAUGGUAUAAUUAAAGUUUGGACUCCAAUACCAUCACCAAAGACUGUUGCAACAUUUACACCAACUGGAUUAAAUUCAAAUAAUGCAAUAACAGCUUUAGAUUGGAUUUCAAAAAAUGAACGUUAUUUUUUACAUGGUAAUAAAAAUGGCUCAAUAGAAUUACAUGAUAUAAGAGAUAAAAAAACAUUAUUAAAAAUUCAACAUGAAGAAACAAAUAUUUUAUCAUUAACAUGCAAUCCAAUUGAUUCAACAUUUGUUUGUUCUGUUAGUGAUAAUAAUGAAAGUAAAAUUUUACUAUAUGAUGUUAAAACUAAAAAAUUAGAAAGAACACUUUAUACUGAUAAAAAUAUAAUACCAUUAUGUUCAACAUUUAAUCAUAAUGGACAAUUACUUAUAACUGGUUUAUCAAAUGGAAAUAUAAUUAUUCAUGAUAUUAGAAAAAAUGAAUCAAUUGAUAAUUUUAAUUGUCAUCAAUCAUCAAUUAUUGAUAUUGAAUUAAUUAAUGAUUUUACAAAUAUCAUUGCACAAAGUGAAGAUGGAACAAUUUGUCAAAGAAAUUUAAAUCAAACAAAUAAAAUAAUAUGGGAAACUAAAAUUAAAAUUAGUAAAAAUAUUAUUCAUGGUAAAAUAUUUACAUUUGAUCAAACUGGUAGUCAUAUGUUACUUUGUACACAAACUGGAGGAACAAUUUACAAGAUACCUCCAAGUAAUCAAGGAAAAAUUAUUGAACUUGGUGGACACAAAGAGACACUAUGUUGUGAUUGGUCAACAGCAAAUCAAUCUGGCACAUGUAUUACUGGUGGUGCCGAGGGUAAAGCAAGAGUAUCUAUUUUACUAUCACCAUGAUAUUGUGAUGAUAAUAAUACAACAAUAUAUAAAAAUUCGAAAUUUAUAAAUUUUUUAAAAAAUGUUUAUUCAAAAUGCUAAUUAUAAUAUUAAUAAUAAUAAUAAUAAUAAUAGUAAUAAAUAUUUAUUGAUGAUAAAAAAAAAAUUAACUUACUAAAUGACAAGAAACUUUGGAUGUUGACGAUUAAGUGACCAUCUAUGAAAUGGUCCAGUAUAAUUAAGUUGUGGUGACCAGUAACGUCGUAUUGCUUCACUUAUUUCAGAUGGUGUUAUUGGUUUAAAAACUGGAUUCUAUUAUAAUAAUAAAUACAUGAUUAUUUGUGCAAUAAAUAAA